AUGGAAGUUGUACCUACACCUGCAUUUGACGAGGCCUAUCUACAGGAGUGCGAGGAUGCAUUCAACCAGCAGAUCGAACGGAAUUUAAGCGCCUCUUAUGCCUUACUCUCUAUGUCCUCUUACUUCAAGCGAGAAGACGUGGGUCUGCUGAACUUCGCCGGCUAUUUUUUCCAUCUAUCUGUAAGCGAAUUGGGAUACGCCGAAAAUCUCAUGACAGUACAAGUCCAGCGUGGCAGACAAAUUCAGUUUAGCAACAACCUGAACUUUGAGGAGCAGGACUGGGACGAUCCAUUAUAUGCCCUGGAGUACAUAUGUCAAGUAAAGCAGCAAAGCUUUGCGGACUUCAUGUCUCUCUACCUUGCAGCCACAGAGCAGGGUGACCAGGCGCUGUCUUACUUGGUAAAUAUCCACCUUCUACAACACCUGAUUAGGGAUAUAAUGUUGCUUCGCUACCACCUCACUCGCUUGUUUUUUUGGCAAAGUGAGGACAUCCCCCUCGCAGAGUACAACUUCAGCUUCUUGGAUGAAAAUGUAAACGACCAGGAGUAA